AUGGCGCUUUGUGCUCUGGAGCCCGCGUCAUCCGUCUGCUUUAGCACAGAAGAGGUGUCAGGAGCAAAUUUAAUCUGGGGGAGCAAAGCAAGGUCCCCAGCACUGAAGACAUGGACAUCUUUUAUCACUGGACCCCGGCAAUAAACAGCUCCAUUACACGAUACCCUCACUUAGGUUGCAUCCCAAAUGGCACCAUAUGCCCUAUGUAAUGCACUACUUUUAACCAACGCAAAAGUAGUGCACUAUAUAGGGAAGGGAAUAGGGUGCCAUUUGGGAAACAACCUAGGACUAUUGUUACCUAACAGUCUCUGACUGAGGAAGCCCAGACAUCCCUCACAUUAGUACGUUCUGCUGAAGAUGAGAGUGUGCUUGAAAAAGAGACUGCUGUUGAUCUACUGCAGGGGCAGAAGUGACAGAUUGAAAGGGACUGGUCUGCUCCCGGACGGUGCCCUUGGCAUCCCUCCACAGGCUGCAUGCUUUCCUGGAGAUAUUUGUCCUCAUGUUGAUUCUCUAAAAUGGGAGCAGGAGCCAUUUUGGAAGCCUCACCUGUUUCUCCCCAGUCCAUCUGGCUAUGUUCACUUCUUGCACUUUGCCCCUCCUUGCUUUACUACUGUAAAAUAGUUAGUCUCAAAUAAGACAUUGGAUGGGCUGUAGCACUUGAAUUGAGUCCCUGCUUAGUAUUCUGGUACAAAUAUAUUUUAGGACCUUGAAAUAUGGCAUUUACCCCUUGUGAAAAGGCCAAUUAAUCUAAAAGAUGGAGCUGUACCAGGGCUAUUUUAGUUUCUCACUGAAAGUUCUGUCUCAUUGGCAGCGUAAGUGGAAAUUGGCAUGGAAAAACAUGGCAUGGGUGUAGGGCUGGGAAUUGCCAGGGACCUAACGAUAUGAUAGUAUCACGAUACUUAGGUGUCGAUUCGAUAUUGUGAUUUGAUGUUCCAAACAAAUUGCUCACUAUAUACUGAGUAUACAAAACAUUCCAUGACAUAGACUGAUUAGGUGAAUCCAGGUGAAAGCUAUGAUCCCUUAUUAAUGUAACUUGUUAAAUCCACUUCAAUCAGUGUAGAUGAAGGGGAGGAGACGGGUUAAAGAAGGAUUUUUAAGCCUUGAGACAAUUGAGACGUGGAUUGUGUGUGUGUGUGUGCCAUUCAGAGGGUAAAUGGGCAAGACAUAAAAUGAACGGGGUAUGGUAGUAGGUGCCAGGCGCACUGGUUUGUGUCAAGAACUGCCUCGCUGCUUGGUUUUUCACGCUCAACAGUUUCUUCUGUGUAUCAAGAGUGGUCCACCACCCAAAGGACAUCCAGCCAACUUGACACAACUGUAGGAAGCAUUGAAGUCAACAUGGGCCAGCAUCCCUGUGGAAUGCUUUUCGAGUCCAUGCCCCCGAAAAUGAAUGCAUCACAUGAGUUAGGAAACAAGGGAAGCUUUUAUAAUGCUCAUAAUGUUCCUCUCCAGUGACCAAAGGCCCCCUUUAAUUCACAGGGCAGUGCAACACAGAGAUAUGUGUGUCUGGCUGUCUCUGAGUAGAUGAAAAGGAUUAUCCCAUGAUUUGCCUGAUCUCCUUUAUACUCGCUGCUUGUAGUGGGACGGGAUUGGCUGGGAAGAGCGCUGUUGAGGCAGUAAUAUGAAUAUUAUAGAACCUCCCCGGAGACGGGGAGAGUGUGAAGGACGAAAAGAGAAGGGAAUGGGCGGAGUAGAUGGAGGGAAGUGUUAAUCUACUGCAGUCUCACUCACAACGAGAAUGCCUUUUAGAAGUCAUUUCAAAUGGACAUUGAGCUCAAUUUCUCCGUUAGCCCUUAGGGGACACCACCACAGUCACCCUCCUCCUCUGUCAAACAAAUCUUGUUUUCACCCUGUUGUAUUAUGUUGAGCAAAUACAGAACAUCAUCACAGACCGUCCUCUUAUUUUUCCUGGUCUUUUUUUGUUUUUGCAUUCUUUAAGGAUCUUUUUCCAGAUCCCUGGGUGCAGUGAAAUACAGUGGGAGCCUUAAACCUCGCAGAUAUCAAGGGUAUGGAACGAUUCUGUAUGGCGGAAUGUUCUAAGAUCCCUCCCAAUGUGUUCUCCAAAAUUUUUAUUUAAUCAAUUUCAGAAUAAGGCUGUAACGUAACAAAAUGUGGAAAAAAUCAAGGGGUCUGAAUACUUUCCGAAUGCACUGUAUACACUACAUGACCAAGAGUAUGUGGACACCAAAAUCAUGGGCAUUAAUAUGGAGUUGGUCCCUCUUUGCUGCUAUAACAGCCUCCACUCUUCUGGGAAGGCUUUCCACUAGAUGUUGGAACAUUGCUGCAGGGACUUGCUUCCAUUCAGCCACGAGCAUUAGUGAGGUCGGGCACUGAUGUUGGGCGAUUAGGCUUGGCGCGCAGUCAGCGUUCUAAUUCAUCCCAAAUGUGUUCGAUGGGGUUAAGGUCAGGGCUCUGUGCAGGCCAGUUAAGUUCUUCCACACCUAUCUCGACAAACCAUUUCUGUAUGCUGAAACAGGAAAGGGCCUUCCCUUUUUUUUUUUUUUUUAUGGUUGGGGAAUGCCAAGAUGGAGGCGCAGUGGCUUCAAAGCAGCACCCCCUGCCAGUCAUCUAGUGUAUAUAGAAAUGAUUGGUGUAGACGCAUGUGUUCAGAAUUCCAUGAUCAGAAUACUGUCAAGUCUAGACACUGCCAUAGAUUAACGAAGGUAAUUGAUCUGCAACCUCAAAUCAUAGCUUUUUUCACUUUUAUGCUAUUCACACAUAUUGCAGUGUUGUAUUUUUUGUGUAGGUGGGUCGGGAUUGCCUUUGUAUUUGACUGUGCAUAUGCCUGCAGUCUGUGUGUUUGUAUGGUGUCUGUGUACAGUAGUGUGUGUUUCUGUGUGUUCAUUGCUCUCUGGUGCAAUGUAGGGGCAUUCCUAAUGACGCUUGACACUGCAUGGCUGAGUGCCACAGAGCUCUGUGAUGCAGAGGGAGGAGAGAGAGGGAGUAGGCUGUUUAGUAGAGAGGGGUGGUCGGGGUAUUGGAAUGGGUGGGAGUCUCACCCUGGUGGUCACUUUCCAAAGGCACAUGGAAUGAGCUGUCAAGCAGCAUUGUAGUCAGCCUGAAAUCCAGCCUAGCUGUAAAUGGCUUGGCUUUCUGCCAACGUCUAACUUGCCCCUAUCACUUCUAUAAACAAGUGUUGUCUUUCCAAUAACAUCACAGCCUCUGAAUUUAGGUCAUAGUCGUUGGGCCUCAGCCACGUGACUCAUAUUGAAUGUAAAUGCCAUGCCCUAGUCUAUACGUCACCCAUCCAUGUAUCUUGAAAGACGUUAGGCCAUAAGCCCCGUCUAUUGUGUUGGCAAAGCAAACUAGGGUAGGAACGCUUGGGCGGUAUAACAAAAUACCUACGUUAUGAUUUUCAAGAAUGUCCCAUUUUGUUCUUUUUUUAAACUAAAAUUCAUUGGAUACAUGGUAUGUUUGUUUACAAAGAGCACAUGGAGCAAAUGGAAGUUUUGUGAUGUGACAUUCACUGUUGAGCAGCACAAGAGAGGUGAUAAAGUUACACUUGAAAUGUACUACGGUUUGCCAGCGAAAUAUCUUAUAACUAAGUGCCAAUACAUUUUCUUCAGCUCAGGGCUCCAGCUAUGCAUUUGAUUUGCUAACUUACUAGCUAUAGGUAGGCAAGACAAACUAAUUUUCACAAUUUCACUAAUCAUCAAAAUCAAUAAAUCAUAGCACUUUUUUUGGGCUCGUUCUUAUCUGAUGAAGUAGAAUCCUGUUAAAAAAUUAUGUAAAAAUAUUACUAAAACAUAUGUUAAAAAUGAUACUGUUGCUGCUUCCUGUAAUGUAUUUUUUAAUUAUACCCGAGUGUCAAAACACCGGUUUUAAUGUUAAAAUGAAUCAACAAUAUGCUGAAAUAAGUGAUAUGUUGAAAACCCCACACCUGUGUUCAGAUUACUUGUAUUUUGCUAAAUUAGUACCUUAACAACUGCUCACGCUCCAAUUUUUACCAAGUGGUCACUCCAGACUGAAAAUGAUUAGCAUGUUCAACUGCAGGGGUGUCAAACCCAUUCCAGGUUUUAGUUUUUUCUACAGGUUUUUGGUUUUUCCUUUCAAUUAAGCCCUAGAAGACCAGGUGUGGGGAGUUUCGUACUAAUUAGUGACCUUAAUUCAUCAAUCAAGUACAAGGAAGGAUCGAAAACCCGCACCCACUCGGCCCUCCGUGGAAUGAGUUUGACACCUGUGUUCUACUGUAAUCAAUAGCGUGUGCAAAUUAAUCACUCACAUAUACACUGAAGAAAAAUCUAAACUUAACAUGUAAAAAAUGAUAAUCCCGCACAAAAAGCUUAUUUCUCUCAAAUUCUGUGCACAAAUUUGUUUAUAUCCCUGUUAGUGAGCAUUUCUCCUUUGACAAGAUAAUCCAUCCACCUGACAGGUCUGGCAUAUCAAGAAGUUGAUUAUUACACAGGUGCACCGUGUGCUGGGGACAAUAAAAGGCCACAUUUAAAAUGUGCAGUUUUGUCACACAACACAAUGCCACAGAUGUCUCAAGUUUUGAGGGAGCGUGCAAUUGGCAUGCUGACUGCAGGAAUGUCCACCAGAGCUGUUGCCAGUGAAUUUAAUGUUCAUUUCUCUACCAUAAGCUGCCUCCGACGUCGUGGUAGAGAAUUUGGCAGUGCAUCCAACCAGCCUCACAACCGUAGACCACCUGUAACCACGCCAGCCCAGGACCUCUACAUCAGUCUUCUUCACCUGUGGGAUCGUCUGAGGAAGGGUGGUGGGGGGUGCUGAGGAGUAUUUCUGUCUGUAAUGAAGCCCUUUUGUGGGGAAAAACUCAUUCUGAUUGACUGGGCCUGGCUCCCCAGUGGGUCGGCCUGGCUGUCAAGUGGGUGAGCCUAUGCCCUCCAAGGCCCACCCAUGGCUGCACCCCUGCCCAGUCAUGUGAAAUCCAUAGAUUAGGGCCUAAUGAAUUUAUUUCAGUUGACUAUUUCCUUAUAUGAACUGUAACUCCGUAAAAUCUUUGAAAUUGUUAAAUGUUGCUUUUAUAUUUUUGUUCAGUAUAUAUUGUAUUUAAAUCAAUGCAACUGGGAUAACUGCGGCGACAUGUACCGUUUGCGCUCUUCUAAAACAGAGGUUCCCUAACUUUUUCACUGAAGCCUCACUUACAGCAUUGGGGAACAUCGCGCGCCCCCGCCACGUCUAUUUCUUUGGGCACAAGCACUGUUCAUGACACAAACUGUUCACACCCCUCUUGUUUGGCGGAGAGAAAAUGUUGCAGGUUUAAAGCUUAUUUCCUGCAAUUCUACAGAUUUUGUCAUGGGGUGCAGAGGAAAUUGUGCCGUUUUAAUGCUUAUUUUCUUGCAAUUCUAUACAUUUUGCCAUGUCUAAUGUGUAUUCAUGUGAUAUUUGAGUGACUCAAACAUUACAACAAAGUCUAUGGGCAAUAAAACCUAUCUAAAACACUAUCUGACAUGGGCUAGUUGAUCUGGACGUUUUUUACAAGUUAUAAAUAGCUCUCUAAGGUAUGCAAUGACUGACAUGACAAGAGGAAAACUGAUAAUGCACUACCCAAUUUCGAAAACUGAAAAUAAAAUAAUGAUGUGUGUGUAUAUAUAUACAGUACCAGUCAAAAGUUUGGACACACCUACUCAUUCAAGGGUUUUUCUUUUUUUUUUCUCUACAUUGUAGGAUAAUAGUGAAGACAUCAAAACUAUGAAAUAACACACAUGGAAUCAUGUAGUAACCAAAAAAGUGUUAAACAAAUCAAAAUAUAUUUUAUAUUUCAGAUUCUUCAAAUAGCCACCCUUUGCCUUGAUGAGAGCUUUGCACACUCUUGGCAUUCUCUCAACCAGCUUCAUGAGGUAGUCACCUGGAAUGCAUUUCAAUUAACAGGUGUGCCUUGUUAAAAGUUAAUUUGUGGAAUUUCUUUCCUUAAUGCAUUUGAGCCAAUCAGUUGUGUUGUGACAAGGUAGGGGGGAAGAUAGCCCUAUUUGGUGAAAGACCAAAUCCAGAUUAUGGCAAGAAAAGCUCAAAUAAGCAAAGAGAAACACACAGCGAAAAGACAAACCACAGCGAACUUGGGUAAGAGUACAUGUAACUGUAAAUUAAUGAGAACCUGUAGUAGGCUUUUAUCAACUCAUUUCCUUGUAGGAAAAUGUUUACGGUAGAUGGCCAAUACGAAAUAGGAAACGCAACACUUUAAUUUCAACGAAUCAUCUCUCCACAGGUAGUUCUAAAUAGUGACGGGUUGUCUUUCAUUUGCGUGAUCGCUUGACUGUCAAAUCCGUGUUUUAAUUUGUGGCCAGCGACUUUUAUACAGAGCGCCGUGAAUCGUCUGUGCCAUUUUGAGUUUGAAAAAGGCAAUUUAAAAGUCCUGCGACGACAGGCGCGUAUGACAAAAUCAACAGUACCAAGCCAAAUAUAUUAAUCUGAUUCAAGCAAUCGAUUUAGUGGCAGUGUAAUGACUACACUUUUAUAAUAACAUCUCCAAUCUGAGGUAAAACGUAUGUGUAAUUCCACAAAAUGUUAUGUGGUGAAAAUGCAAACUUGUGUAAUGUAGUAACACGCCUUGUCCACCAUAGGGAAAUGUACGUAAUAUAACAUAAUGAAAUGUCAGUAGUUCAAUAUUUUUUAUUUAUGAGGAAAGUAAAUGUAGCACACUCACACAUUUUUACAACAAUGACAUACAUUGGGGAAAAAAAGUAUUUAGUCAGCCACCAAUUGUGCAAGUUCUCCCACUUAAAAAGAUGAGAGAGGCCUGUAAUUUUCAUCAUAGGUACACGUCCACUAUGACAGACAAAUUUAGAAUUUUUUUCCCAGAAAAUCACAUUGUAGGAUUUUUAAUGAAUUUAUUUGCAAAUUAUGGUGGAAAAUAAGUAUUUGGUCACCUACAAACAAGCAAGAUUUCUGGCUCUCACAGACCUGUAACUUCUUCUUUAAGAGGCUCCUCUGUCCUCCACUCGUUACCUGUAUUAAUGGCACCUGUUUGAACUUGUUAUCAGUAUAAAAGACACCUGUCCACAACCUCAAACAGUCACACUCCAAACUCCACUACGGCCAAGACCAAAGAGCUGUCAAAGGACACCAGAAACAAAAUUGUAGACCUGCACCAGGCUGGGAAGACUGAAUCUGCAAUAGGUAAGCAGCUUGGUUUGAAGAAAUCAUGCUUUGGGGCUGUUUUUCUGCAAAGGGACCAGGACGACUGAUCCGUGUAAAGGAAAGAAUGAAUGGGGCCAUGUAUAGUGAGAUUUUGAGUGAAAACCUCCUUCCAUCAGCAAGGGCAUUGAAGAUGAAACGUGGCUGGGUCUUUCAGCAUGACAAUGAUCCCAAACACACCGCCCGGGCAACGAAGGAGUGGCUUCGUAAGAAGCAUUUCAAGGUCUUUGGAGGGAGUUGAAAGUCUGUGUUGCCCAGCGACAGCCCCAAAACAUCACUGCUCUAGAGGAUAUCUGCAUGGAGGAUUGGGCCAAAAUACCAGCAACAGUGUGUGAAAACCUUGUGAAGACUUACAGAAAACGUUUGACCUGUGUCAUUGCCAACAAAGGGUAUAUAACAAAGUAUUGAAAAACUUUUGUUAUUGACCAAAUACUUAUUUUCCACCAUAAUUUGCAAAUACAUUUCUGUCUGUCAUAGUUGACGUGUACCUAUGAUGAAAAUUACAGGCCUCUCUCAUCUUUUUAAGUGGGAGAACUUGCACAAUUGGUGGCUGACUAAAUACUUUUUUUCCCCACUUUACAUUUCUUCCUACUUUAACCAUACUUUAACCAUGGAGACCAUUUAAAAAAUGCUCCUAAGAACAAUUUAGUCAGGCGCUCUAGAAUCUAGACUAAGAGCAUCCGUAGGGUCUGUGCAGCAGGCUGAACGUUUGAUGUUCCUACUCUAGGUGACUCACUUGCAAGAUCAAGCUUCUUGGUUACAGAAGAAACAAUCAAUCCCCUUGUUAACAUUUAGCUAGCGUCUUCUAUAGGAAUUUGCUAGUACUUUGUUAGCAUACAUUUUUGUAUAUAUAUAUUUUUAUGUUUGGAAAGAGAUGUGGCGCCGGACAACGUGACCGGAAAGACUUUAAUUUACCGGCCAUUUGAGAAAUUGGACCCAUAUGCAUUGGUUGCGUAACCCAUUAGGGCGUCCACCCACGGUGCUCAGAAUGACAGAAAUCACAUUUAGAUUAUGGUAAUUCAUCUUAACAUAACAUGCAACUCCUGUAAUGAAUCAGCCAAUAAAACGUCAUUUUCAAACAUUUGCCAAAAUGCAAUUCGCGGGAAAACUCCAUUCUAAACAGUGCAUUUGAUGAAAGCGGUUCCAUAUGUGACAGAAAUGAAAAUCUCCAUUAGAAACUUAGAAAGAGGGGGAAUCUAAAGAUCCAACAACUGGGAUGGGAUGCUAAUAUGACUAGGAUUAGGCCUUUGUCUUCUGGACAACAAAAUAAAGUUGAUACGAAAACCAAUAGAACAGAAGAGAAAUGGCAUAUGAGGAAGUUUUUUCAUAGGCGGCGGGUCGAAUAGGCUAGGGAAGUAAAUUGAAAUACAUUUGACAAAAUUAUAUAAAUAAAUAAAUAAAUAAAUAAAAGCAUUCAAAUACUUCACCAGAAAGCAUGACUUGGCCACAGAGGAAUCGAGGAUCAUUAGCUAUAAAAAAAAAUAUAUAUAUGUAUAGCUGUGGAUUGUUUCAAAUCACAAGCUUGUAGGACUAUGCCUAUUUGGGAAGGCCGCAAUUUGGGAAGCACGUGUGGCAAUAGGCCUAGCUGAUUAUUGAUUUGCGGCUGUCAGUGAAAAUAAUAAAAAAUAUGUGUGAAGAUAAUGUGUGUUGAGUGUAAUUUAAAAUGUUGAAACAAGAAGAAGAGGGGUAUGUGGUGAAGAUAUAGGCGAGUCUCUCCAGAAUGGCUCAGCUGUCUCCCGACAAUUCUUGCGUAUCCAUUGUGUGAAUUGUCUGGCCUUUGAUUGAUUGUUUAUUUUUUAUCAAUUCCCCAUUACAUAUGUCAAUAUUAGUAAACAUAUGUAAUGGGGAAUUUAUAAAAGGAAUAGCUAAAGACAUAUAGAAAGGGCUGAGUAACGAGAUGAAUGAAAUUGAAAGAACCUGCAUUUUUUAUUUGCAACUUCUUCUUUUUUUGUCGGCUUUAUGUAUUUUUACUUAGUUGACAAUGGAAGUUAUAGCGUGACUGCUGUAUUGGCCUAUGAGUUCCACGAGAAAUUGCCAAAGACUCCAACCCCCCAAGCAAUAGACUGUUCACUCUGCUACCGUCCGGCAAACGGUACCAGAGCAUCAGCUCUCAGACUAACAGGCUCCAAAUGCACUGUAUACACUCCAUAUACACACUGUCACUCCCACACAAAACCCUCACACAUUCACAUACACCUACAUACGCACACACAAACACACACACACAACACACACGCAUACCGACACAACACAAACACACAUACAUACACACUCACACACACUUUUGCACUCAUCAUUUGCUGCUGCUACUCUGUUCUUUAUUUGACUUGUAUUAUUAUCUAUCUGGAUGCCUAGUCACUUUACCCUGACUUUAUCUAUCUCAAAUACCUUGCACCUCUGCACAUUGGUCUGGCACUCCCUGUAUAUAGCUCCAUUCUUGUGUAUUUUAUUUUAUUCCUCUUGUGUCAGUUACUAUUAUUAUUAUUAUUAUUAUUUUUAAACUGUAUCGUUGGGAAAGCAUUUCACUGUAAAAUCUACACCAGUUGUAUUUGGCGCAUGUGAUGAAUAAAAAUUGAUUUGAUUUGUUUUUGCAGAAGACAUUCAAUAAUCCCUCAUAAAUUACCUAUAUAUAUAUAUCAGUUUUUUGGAGCUGCACCCGCCCCUCGCCGACCACAUCAAUUCUGAGCCCCGCCCCAUAGCCGACAUCAUCAGGACAGAUUUUUCUCUGCAACCUGACACACCCGCAUAGAAUUGUUCCGUGACAUUUAUUGAAUUGUUGUUAUGACUCCAGAGUAGUAGGCUUUAAUGCCAUUCCCUGCAUGAAUUAAUUUGUUUUCAUGUCUAUUCGACAUUUGGAUAAAAGAAAACCAUGCCAUGAAUUAAGAUAGGCGUAUCUUAUUAUUUUCUCAAAUCGCUUUGAAACAGAGCCUUCUAAUUAUCCUCCUUACCUAAUGAGCACCUAUUGCCGACAAACAAUACCUUUACAUUCAAUAUUGUUGACAUAAUUAAAUAGUUUAAUUUAAACUUAAAUAAACAAUUCACAGAAUCGAAUAGGCUAUAGGCUACAUUUAUAGGCUAUUGGCUAGGCUACUCAAACUGUUACCAGCUGCACAGGUUUAAACUUGAUAUGGCCUGCAUAUGGUCAAAUGAACGAAAGCCUGAAUUAAUGUAAACAAAUACCUGUGUGCACUUUUUCAGGUUGAAUAUCCAUCUACCAGGUUGUUGUCGUCCUUGUCCACCGUUACGUUAGCCAUUUUCGCAUGAGCUAGGAGUCAGGGAAAACAAACUUGGUGACAUAUUGUCGUGUGGCGGAAGAGAACAAAGCUCUGCAUGUUCAUGCACAAAUUAGGAAUGUUUCAGCACCACACAAAUAGGUUACUAAUGGACAGUUCGCUGCUCCAGUCUCUCGCUGCGUGGCUGGUAGCCCGGGUAGGUCUGCCUCACCGCUCACAUAGCCUAAUGGAAUUUGCAACACAAUUCAACAUAACAAGGUCCUGGGUUUGUAAAAAUAAAUAUAAAUAAAGAUCUUAAAUGUUUCCGACCCGCAAUAUAAUUGCUCUGAACUGCGAGCCGACCCGUGGUUUGAAAGAAUGUUUUCAUUCCACCCGCCAGCUGAUUUUUUGGGGGAGGGUCAACUGCAGGGAACCGACCCGAUGCAGGACUCUUAGCCUAUAGCUGUGUCUGGAUCUGAGCAAUAUACACCUGUGUAAAAGUUAAAUAACUGCUGUUGAAAAAGGGCUUUAUCAAUACAUUUUGAAUUGAUGUGAUAUUGACCUCUGUGUUGUGUUUGUGUUGCAGUCCAACGGCCAGACCCGAGGCCAGCGGCUCCACGUCGUCAGCCCCUGCCAAGCACAGCGGUCCAACCCAUAAGAUCUGCCUGGUGUGUUCGGACACGGCCUCUGGCUGCCACUAUGGAGUCCUCACCUGCGGAAGCUGCAAGGUCUUCUUCAAGAGGGCCGUUGAAGGUUGGUGACAUAAUAAACACCCACGCACACAACUCCAUUCAUGCACAGUCCUCCCCUUCAUUGACCGACUAUAGUAGAACAUACGUACAGGCAAAUCUAUUGUGGUGAUAUGUACAUUGAGUUCUGCACUAGUACUUUCGUUGACACAACAUUACACAACAUGUGGACUCUUUAAUUUGGAAAGGCACACACCUGUCUAUAUAAGGUCCCACAGUUGACAGUGCAUGUCAGAGCAAAAUCCAAGCCAUGGGGUCGAAGGAAUUGUGCGUAGAGCUCCGAGACAUGAUUGUGUCGAGGCACAGAUCUGGGGAAGGGUAUUGAAGGUCCCCAAGAACACAGUGGCCUCAAUCAUUCUUAAAUGGAAGAAGUUUGGAACCACCAAGACUCUUCCUAGAGCUGGCCGCCCGGCCAAACUGAGCAAUCGGGGGAGAAGGGCCUUGAUCAGGGAGGUGACCAAGAACGCGAUGGUCACUUUGACAGAGCUCCAGGGUUCCUCUGUGGAGAUGGGAGAACCUUCCAGAAGGACAACCAUCUCUGCAGCACUCCACCAAUCAGGCCUUUAUGGUAGAGUGGCCAGACGGAAGCCACUCCUCAGUAAAAGGCACAUGAGAGCCCGCUUGGAGUUUGCCAAAAGGCACGUAAAAGACUCUCAGACCAUAAGAAACAAGAUUAUCUGGUCUGAUGAAACUAAGAUUGAACUCUUUGGCCUGAAUGCCAAGCGUCACGUCUGGAGGAAACAUGGCACCAUCCCUAUGGUGAAGCAUGGUGGUGGCAGCAUCAUGCUGUGGGGAUGUUUUUCAGCCGCAGGGAGACUAGUCUGUAUUGAGGGAAAGAUGAACGGAGCAAAGUACAGAGAGAUCCUUGAUUAAAACCUGCUGGAGAGCGCAGAGGACCUCAGACUGGGGCAAAGGUUCACCUUCCAACAGGACAACGAAUCUAAGCAAGUCAAGACAGCGCAGGUGUGGCUUCGGGACAAGUCUCUGAAUGUCCUUGAGUGGCCCAGCCAGAGCCCGUACUUGAACCCGAUCGAACAUCUCUGGAGAGACCUGAAAAUAGCUGUGCGGCGACGCUCCCCAUCCAACCUGACAGAGCUUGAGAGGAUCUGCAGAGAAGAAUGGGAGAAACUCCCCAAAUACAGAUAUGCCAAGCGUGUACCGUCAUACCUAAGACUCAAGGCUGUAAUUGCUGCCAAACGUGCUUCAACAAAGUACUGAGUAAAGGGUCUGAAUACCUAUGUAAAUGUAAUAUUUCAGUUUUUUAUUUUUGAUACAUUUGUUAAAAUUUAUAAAAACCUAUUUUUGCUUUGUCAUUACGCGGUAUUGUGUAUAGAUUGAUGAGGUGGAAAAAAGAAAUGUAAUCCAUUUUAGAAUAAGGCUGUAACGUAACAAAAUGUGGAAAAAGUCAAGGGAAAGGUAAAGGGGGAUACCUAGUCAGUUGUACAACUGAAUGUAUUGAACUGAAAUGUGUCUUCCGCAUUUAACCCAACCCCUCUGAAUCAGAUCGGAAUACUUUCCGAAUGCACUGUAUAUGAACAUUAUGGGCUGGACACAAAAAUAGCAACAGACACCACAGCCUUAUGGAAAACCAUGAGACACUAGCCUACUCCUAGUUGGUGUAAUACUAAGGCAACCUUUUCUGAUUAUUUUGUGUGAACCUAAAAUGUCUCUCCUCCUAAUCUUAAAAAAUGGUUCAAUAAAAUAUUCUACUCAAAUGAAAUGUUAAAAAAGCCCUCUUUUGAAUACAGAACCAACCGGUAUGCUUUUGGCUAUCCUAUAGGUAAGGACACCACUUAAAGAGUCUGCAUAUUGUGUAGUGUUGUGGCAACGAAUUAUAAUAAUUCACCUAAUUUCAGUUUGUGACAAAACAAGCAAGUAUAGAGUAGAGAAUCAUUGUACCAUGUAAACCACUUAAAUAUUUGUUUAAUAACCAAAAAUAUUGUAUUUUCAGCUGUUUGAAGCUGGUGUACAAGUCCAAAAGUAAAAGACACAAAAACGAAACUUAAGAACGGGAAGAAUUGAAAUAGCGCACAUGGAACAGAUCUACCGCUUCUUAGUGACAGAUCUAUAACUCAUAUUUCUAUGUGAAUUUGGUCAUGUCGCCCAAAAUGUUACAUAUUGUAACUUUAACGUAGCCUACAUUGUUAUUCCAAGCUCACUACCACAGACACUACCUAUGUACCAUUCACUACAAUCCCCUUUGAAGUCCAUUGAAUUGUUCUGAAUAAUUGAAAAGUGGGCAGCAAUGCUAUUGUUACCCCUAUUGUCAUUGUUCAGGGCCAUCUGAAUAUAUGUAUUUAUGUUGAGGUGUAUUUACAGUAUAGUUUAACACAACCAUUUAAUUCACAUGAAAGUGCAUACAUGAGUGUGUUAAUUGUAUUCAAAAGAAUAUGACUAUCCGUUUAUUGUAAAAUUCAAAACUUGAGUUUAAAUACAAAUAUAAUAGAUAUUACAAUAUCUGAGCAAGAUUUUUUUAAUUUCAAGGAUAAUCACAACAUAUUGUAUACAUUAUUACAACGUAACGUUUACUGGUGUAAAUUACCAAGUAAGUAAUAUUUACUAUUUGUAAAGAAAUGCAUUUUUAAUACUUGAAUUGAGAUAUAAUUUAAGCAAUAAUAUGUUAUAUCUGUUAUUUUUGUCUUUCUUCCCCCAUUCUACGGUUGUUGUCGCUAUGGUGAAGGAUGGAGAGCACGACAAAACACAGAUGGUAAAUAAAACCCACCUUUAAUAAUGCUUCUGCUUUACUAAUGUCCCUCAAUCACUGUACUGGAAAUCUGACCUGAUAUACAAGAUUAAACAUGCACAGUCUCUCCUGUGCCCUUCUUUGCAUGAAUUUGUGAUUUGAUCAUUCAUAAUGUAAUUUGGCUUUAAAUCCUGUUUUAAUUCCUGCUUGGAAUGUGGGUCUAUCAUCACUUCGCUAGGAGAGUUAAGGGAUGUAUUUUUGCACAAAACCCAAUAGCGUUAUAACUGCAAUGAUUCUAAUGAUUUGUUUGCACUUGAUCAAGUUAUUGUCAUCCUAAAUCAAAAAUGCACUUCACAUUAUUUGCUUUUGCUGGAUAAUGUCUUUGUGAAUGUGUUAGUAGCAACGGUCAUCGAAAUUGUUAAAAGGUUUUAAAAACAAUUCUAAUAAAUGCAACAGUUGGACAUUGAAGACAGGAACCUUCCUGCUAGCCAUGAUUGGCUGAGAUAAUGGAUGGGCUGGACAUGCCGAGAGAUGAGUUUGGAUUGGUCUGCCAUGUAGCAAGCUUCUGUAUAUAACAUGAGCUGGUCAGUAUUUGUAGGUAAUCCUUUCUAACGACGCUUGUUUUGAAAGAUAUCAAAGUGUUGCUCUCCACUUUCUGGAGGACCGAGUUUUGAAAUCAGUAGAAAGCCCAGAGAAAUUAGAGUAUGAUAGCUAAGGAGAUGGAGAAAAUUCUGGCCAUUGAUUGCAAAUAUGCAGAGUCGAAAAGAGGACACACAGAAGGCUGUAUAAAACACCUGUCUAUGGAUUACAUCUUCAAACUAAGGGCAACCAUGGCAUCUGUGAUAAAGAGGGAGAAGCAUCCGUCCAUGUAUAUGGGUAAAAUAGUCUAGCUAACUACAUUUUCAGAGAUUAGACGUUUCUAAUUUUGUCAGAAAGUUGUUUUUAUUUGAAGUGUACUGUUAGGUAGCUAGCUAACGUUAGCUCGCUGGCUCGCUAGCUAACAUUACGUGUAUGAUCUGUGUACUAAUAUUAUUCGCAUCUCAGAGCCAUUUGCAUUGCUAGUUAUAGCCUAAUGUUAGCUAGCUAACAUUGAACCUGGUUGGUUAGCUACCUGCAGAUUCAUGCAGGGUAGUAACGUUCUGAGUUGCUCCUUUCAUCUUUCCCUCAAACCUGACUAGUCUCCCAGUCCCUGCCGCUGAAAAACAUCCCAACAGCAUGAUGCCGCCACCACCAUGCUCCACCGUAGGGAUGGUGCCAGGUUUCCUCCAGACGUGACACUUGACAUUCAGGCCAAAGAGUUCAAUCUUGGUUUCAACAGACCAGAGAAUCUUGUUUCUCAUGGUCAGAGUCCUUUAGGUGCCUUUUGGCAAACUCCAACCGGGCUGUCAUGUGCCUUUUACUGAGGAGUGGCUUCCGUCUGGCCACUCUACCAUGAAGGCCUGAUUGGUGGAGUUCCUGCAGAGAUGGUUGUCCUUCUGGAAGGUUCUCCCAUCUCCCCAGAGGAUCUCUGGAGCGCUGUCAGAGUGACUUUCGGGUUCUUGGUCACCUCCCUGACAAAGGCUCUUCUCCCCCGAUUGCUCAAUUUGGCCGGGCAGCCAGCUCUAGGAAGAAUCUUGGGGGUUCCAAACUUCUUCCAUUUAAGAAUGAUGGAGGCCACUAUGUUCUUGGACUUUCAAUGUUGCAGACAUUUUUUGGUACCCUUCCCCAGAUCUGUGCCUCGACACAAUCCAGUCUCAGAGCUCUACGGACAAUUAUUUUGACCUCGUGGCUUGGUUUUUGCUGUGACAUGCACUGUCAACUGUGGGACCUUAUAUAGACAGGUGUGUGCCUUUCCAAAUCCUGUCCAAUCAAUUGAAUUUACCACAGGUGGACUCCAACCAAGUUGUAGAAACAUCAAGGAUGAUCAAUGGAAACAGGAUGCACCUGAGCUCAAUUUCGAGUCUCAUAGCAAAGGGUCUGAAUACUUAUGUAAAUAAGGUAUUUCAUUUGUUUUAUUUAUUUAUUUCAAAAAUGUCUAAAAACCUGUUUACGCUUUGUCAUUAUGGGGUUGAAGUGGAUUAUUUAAAAAAUAUAUCCAUUUUAGAAUAAGGCUGUAAAGUAAGAAAAAUUUGAUAAAUUAAGGGGUCUGAAUACUUUCCGAAUGCACUGUAUCAUUAUAAUCCGAGUGUGCAUUUUCAGGAGUUGUUUUCAUUUCAGCACAUCUAAUUUGUAAACAUUUCAUCUGCAUUAAAUUAUUUAAAAAAUUAUAUUCCACAAAAAAUGAACACCCAUCAAAAUAAAGUUAUCUUUGUUGUGAUGUAAGUGUUGAGACGGUGCAUUAAAUCACAGAUGAAACUUUAGCGUUCUUAUAUAUUCAACGGAAAGCCAAUGUAUUCCAUUGUAGCCCAUUUCAGCCAUUACCGGGAUGUGUUUGACAGGUCAUUACAAAUAUUUCCAUGGUCGUAGUGUUAACGGGGAAAAAAACACAGACACAAGCAAGACUAGUAUGGAGUAAAAAGAAAGCAAUCAAUCCAGUGAGAUUUAAGUGACAAGUGUAUCUUACAACACUCAAACACCGGAAAUAAAUGGCUGAAAAAGACAGAUCCUCAGGUGGGCGGGGCAUGAGUAUUGCGAGUAUUAGUGUAAUGGGGCUUUUUUCUUUUAGCCAUAAAAAAAUUAAAUAAUAACCACUCAGACUUAACAUUAGCUAUCCUCUUCAUCGCCCUGUGAUGGAUUAAAAACUGGACUGGAAAUGUUCAAAAUAAGUGUGAUAUUUGUGAUAAUACAAUAUCUUUUUAAGGUCAAUCAUACCAUGGUGCCUUCAGAAAGUAUUCAUACCCCUUGACUUAUUCCACAUUUUGUUGUUACAGCCUGAAUUCAAAAUUGAUUUAAAAAUAAAUCAAUCAAUCACACCCAUCUACACACAAUACCCCAGAAUGACGAAGCUAAAACAUGUUUUUAGAAAUGUAAGCAAAUUUAUUGAAAUACAGAAAUAUCUAAUUUACGUAAGUAUUCACACCCCUGAGUCAAUACAUGUUAGAAUCAGCUUUGGGUCUCUAAGAGCUUUGCACACCUGGAUUUUACAAUAUUUGCAAAAAAAAUUUUUUUUUAUUCUUCAAGCUAUGUCAAGUUGGUUGUUGAUCAUUGCUAGACAGCCAUUUUCAAGCAUUGCCAUAGAUUUUCAAGCCAAUUUAAGUCAAAAUGUUAACUAGGCCACUCAGGAACAUUGUGUCAUCUUGGUAAACAACUCCAGUGUAUAUUUGGCCUUGUGUUUUAGGUUAUUGUACUGCUGAAGAUGAAUUUAUCUCCCAGUGUCUGUUGGAAAACCAGACUGAACCAGGUUUUUCUCUAGGAUUUUGCCUGUUCUUAGCUAUAUUCUGUACCAUCUAAACUGCUGUGAAAUAUCUUUUCCAUAACCCCAAAAAAUGUAUUUUCAUCUGUUUGAAGCUGGUAUACAAAACUGAAAGUAAAAAAAACGUAAGAACGGGAAGCAUAGAAUAGCUCACAUAAAACAGAUCUACCUCUUCUUAGCCUUACUUUCAAUUAAAAUGACAGAUCUAUACCUCACAUUUCUAUUUGAAUUUGGUCGGUUCACCCAAAAAGUUACGUGUUGCAGCUUUAAAGUCACCAUUGGCCUCAUGGUGAAAUCCCUGAGCGGUUUCCUUCCUCUCCGGCAGCUGAGUUUGUAAGGACACCUGUAUCUUUGUAGUGACUACGUGUAUUUAUACACCAUCCAAAGUGUAAUUAAUAACUUCACCAUGCUCAAAGGGAUAUUCAAUGUCUUUUUUUUUUUGUCUACAAACCUCCCUGUUCUUUGUGGUUGAAUCUGUGUUUGAAAUUCACUGCUCGACUGAGGGACCUUACAGAUAAUUGUAUGUGUGGGGGUACAGAGAUGAGGUAGACAUAAAACAGUCCAUGCAACAUGUUAAGAACAUUUUUACUCCUGAACUUAUUUAGGCUUGCCAUAACAAAGGGGUUGAAUAUCUAUUGACUCAAGACAUUUCAGCCUUACAUUUUUUAUUAAUUUGUAAAAAAUUCUAAAAACAUAAUUCAACUUUUACAUUAUGGGGUACCAAGUGACAAAAUCUCAAUGUAAUAAUUUUUAAAUUCAGGCUGUAACACAACAACAUGGAAAAAGUCGAGGGGUGUGAAUACUUUCUGAAGGCACUGUGUUUGGCGUAGCAUGAUAUUGUGUAUAAAGGCAUCCCUGGGGCUCUCUUACUAAGAGGACACCCAAGUCAUGUUUGGAUGGUAAUUGGCUAGUGACGUCAUCUUCCAACAAAAGAGUCCCCGUUCCGGGCCUUCUUCCAUCUGCCACUAUUUCCAUUCAUCCUGACCAUGUUCUCAGUAGGACUGGAGGGAGCCUGGCAAACAGGGCUAGCCUUGCGCCGCCAGCCGAGUCCUCCUCACUAGCCUAUAGUAUGACGAAGGGAUUAGAGAGAGGAUGCUUCUGGGAUUCAGCUGGCACUGUUUGUUUAGUUUAUGGAUGAUUUGUUUGCACUGCUGUUUGCAAUGGCUGCUGCUCCCAUGGCUGUGGUUGUCACUAGUUACCACAGCCACAAAUGGCUAAACCCCGCCUAUUUCUACUAUUUCUCUUCUUAAAGGUAGACUCAGCAAAAUGACGUUGCCACGAGCAGCUCCGGAGAUAUUGAGAUGAGCGAGAUUCAACACUUCGCUCUCACAAAGUCACACACAGUAUCUACGCAUUUGCACAAGUUGAGCCUCGAGCUUCAACGCUCUUACACUAUAUAUACAAAAGUAUGUGGACAUCCCUUCAAAUUAGUGGAUUUGGCUAUUUCAGCCACACCCAUUGCUGACAGGUGUAUAAAAUUCAGCACACAGCCAUGCAAUCUUCGUAGAAAAACAUUGGUAGUAGAAUGGCCUUACUGAAGAGCUCAGUGACUUUCAGUGUGGCACCGUCAUAGGAUACCACCUUUCCAACACAUCAGUUCGGUUAACUGUAAGUGCUGUUAUUGUGAAGUGGAAAUGUCUAGGAGCAACCACGGCUCAGCCGCGAAGUGGUAGGCCACACAAGCUCACAGAACGGGACCUUCAAGUGCAGAAGUGCGUAAAAAUCGUCUGUCCUCGGUUGCAACACUCACUACCGAGUUCCAAACUGCCUCUGGAAGCAACGUCAGCACAAGAACUGUUCGUCAGGAGCUUCAUGAAAUGGGUUUCCAUGGCCGAGCAGCCGCACACAAGCCUAAGAUCACCAUGCGCAAUGCCAAAGCAUCGCCUGGAGUGGUGUAAAGCUUGCCUCCAUUGGAGCAGUGGAAAUUCGUUCUCUGGAGUGAUGAAUCACGCCUCAACAUCUAGCAGUCCGACGGUCUAAUCUGGGUUUGGCGGAUGCCAGGAGAACGCUACUUGCCCCAAUGCGUAGUGCCAACUGUAAAGUUUAGCGCAGGAGGAAUUAAUGGUCUGGGGCUGUUUUUCAUGGGUCGGGCUAGGCCCCUUUGUGCCAGUGAAGGGAAAUCUUAACGCUACAGCAUACAAUGACAUUCUAGACAAUUAUGUGCUUCCAAUUCUGUGGCAACAAUUUGGGGAAGGCCCUUUCCUGUUUCAGCAUGACAAUGCCCCCGUGGACAAAGCAAGGUCCAUACAGAAACUGUUUGUCGAGAUCGGUGUGGAAGAACUAAUUGGAAAGCCGACUGUGAGCCAGGCCUAAUCGCCCAACAUCAGUGCCCAACCUCACUAAUGCUCUAGUGGCUGAAUGAAAUCAAGUCCCCGGAGCAAUGUUCCAACAUCUAGUGGAAAGCCUUCCCAGAAGAGUGGAGGCUGUUGUAGCAGCAAAGGGGGGACCAACUCCAUAUUAAUGCCCAUGAUUUUGAAAUUAGAUGUUUGACGAGCAGGUGUCCACAUACUUUUGGUCAUGUAGUGUAUGUGAAAAUUCUGCAUUUCUAGGUUUUGUAGUAAAAAAGACAGAGGAAGGUAUGUGUUUCCAAUGACAUCAACCAAUUAGUAGGCAAUGCCUGCUCAUAAUUGGUUAAAAUCACAUGAUGCACACCAAUGUCAUUGAAAACACUUAUGUUCCUCUGUUUUUUACUACAAAACAUAGAAACGCACCAUUUUCACAUAUUUUGGGGUGGUGCUGGAGAUGAGUAUGAAGUUGAAACAUUUUGAAAUUUCCAUUUAACCACACUGCUAGCCUUAUGCCUAACCUUAAAUUAAUCCCAAAAAUGUUAUUUUUUUGGCUGUGGUAGCACUGCGUUACAGUUAGCUGGGAUUUUAUGUUGUAGGUCCAGGUUGGCAUUAUUCUGUAGAGCAUUGGCUGUGUUCCUCUGUAAACAUAUUCAUUUAACUAAAUGCUCUGACUACAUUAUUAUUAUUAUUAUUAUUAUUAUUAUUAUUAUAUCAUAUCAAUAGGAAGAUUGUCCUGUGGCAUUUUAUCUCAUAAGUCUUCUUUAUUAGUUGGUUGUAAAAAUGUUAUCAGUAGAUGAAUAUAUUAACUAGGGUCAUUUUAAAAACACUGAAAUGUUGUAUGGGACCACUGAUGAGUUGGUUACGUGCUGCUUAUAUUAAAGCAUGACCUCAAAGAUCUCCCCUAGAGAAUUUGUUAAUCUGGCAAAAUGUUCCGCUGACAUUAUCCAGGCUCUGUCAAACAAUCCCCCCCCCCACCUCAUUUUAAAUUACUAGUCCGACUUAAGACACACUGUCAACAGCUAAAAUCAUUACACCCAGAGCAUUGGCAGAGUAUUAAAAAAAAAUAAGUGAAAAUCUCUUUAUCCCCGUUUUUUAAAAAGCUUAGGCUACUUUUUUGCCUGGCAGUGGAGGAGUGUUAACCUCAGAAAGUGAACGAGCUGUCACCUUAAGUGUUGGCUGCUGACUGUUAUGUCAUGAGGCCGGCAGGUUUAGUCAAACAGGUGUUUGGUGUGGUGGCAACUCGUAGUGCUUGGCCUAAUCAUCUUCAACCCUCUUGCUAUUAAUGACCUUAUUCCUCCAUCGCCAGGACAACACAACUAUCUGUGUGCCGGGAGGAAUGACUGCAUCAUAGACAGGAUCCGCAGGAAGAACUGCCCGGCGUGCCGCUUCCGCAAGUGUCUCCAAGCAGGGAUGAACCUGGAAGGUAAGUGGCACCAACACAUUCACAUUCAUAUUGUUCUCAUAUCAGUGGAAUUGUAGUGUAUACACACAGUCUUAUGGCAAACAUAGUUAUCCAGCAAAGUUUAAUCAGAGGACAUUUUCAGCAUGUGUUCUCUCUGAAAGGCUGUGCUUUAUAUGUUUUGUCCCCUAUAGAGGUUGUGAUUAGGAGUAGGAUUUAGUCUUGGAUUCACAUAAACCAGUAGUGGGUCUUGAUUCCCAGAGUUUAUGUUGACAUGGUCCUCUGUAGCUCAGCUGGUAGAGCACGGCGCUUGUAACGCCAAGGUAGUGGGUUCGAUCUCCGGGACCACCCCAUACACACAAAAAAAAUGUAUGCACGCAUGACUGUAAGUCGCUUUGGAUAAAAGCGUCUGCUAAAUGGCAUAUUAACUAACCUAAUGUUUCCUCUCUGGCCCAGUGUUUCAAACAAGGGUCAGAGCCAGUGAUCAACAGUCAUUCACUCAGACCCAGUUCCUCCCAUGUCCCUGAGCCAUAGAAAGAUAGAAGGCUCACAUUAGCUCUACUCUGUCACUGUGGACAAAAAAAAAUCAAAUGGAAAUGGACAAUAAUUCACAUUGAUGCACUUCUUGUUAUUUAUAUAUGUUCAUUCACUCAGUGCUGCAGGGUAUGACAUCGUUAAUGAUUUAGUUGUACGAAUCAGAGUGGGCGGAAAAAAUACAUUGACGGAUUUGGGUGCAUCAGCAGACAAUCAAAACCUGGGGUCGUACCAGAAAGGCUCUUAGUUGCCAUAGAAACAUUUAUGGAGGAAAUUAAAAAAGGAGAAAAAAGAGACUGAGAUCGUUUUUGAUGGUAACCCUCUCAACCGGAGGCAUUCAGCACAUAUUGUAACAGAAAUUGUUUUCGUGUUAUGUUGCUCUUUUUAAAGACCCAUAGAAAUACACAAGAAGGUAAGUCUCUUCGUUUCAAUGAAUAAAACCUUGAACUCUGUACCCUUUUGAAGCGUAACCCAAUGUGGAUUACCUAUUUUAUGAGUAAACUAGCUGAGGUCAACUGAUAAAGCAUCUUAUAGGCUGCAUAUUGUUGUUAUGAAUAGGGUAUGUGUGGUCUAUACACUAUCACCACCUGGGUUAGGUGGGAUACAAUAGCUAGAUGUGUGGUCUAUACACUAUCACCACCUGGGUUAGGUGGGAUACAAUAGCUAGCCAUAAUCCCCUAAAGUCUAUGUCCGCGCCCCCGCGGAAAUCUAAUUAGCAUAAUAAAACAAUCCCCAUUAAAAAUAAGGGGUUAAAUACAUGUCGUUUUUUAUAACAAAUGUUUCCUGAUCUUUCUUAAAUCUCUUAGAUAUAGGACAGACACUUCAGAACAAACUUCCUUUAGAAUUUUUUUGGGGGACUAUCUGUUCCAUGUAGUGAAUCUGUUAUUCAAUGUGUUUGUAUGGGCUAAUAGCAGUAAGGGCAAAAAUAAUUGUUAAUCAAAUAUACUUUUUUUAUAUUUUUUUUUGGUACUUCAAGGAGUCUUAAAAUUCAAAAUAAAAUCGCUAAAUGAUCCUUGGUAUGACCUUCUUAAAAAAAUUCCAUAUAGUUUAGUAGAACCCCCCCCCCCCGCCCUCCCCUGGCUUAGACUAUUAUGGGUUAACAGGGAAAGUUACUGAUAAGCUCUGUCUUCUCUCUCUUUACUCUUACACUCUCUCGUCUCUGUCUUUGCAGCAAGGAAAAACAAGAAGCUGAUCCGAUUAAAAGGUCAGCAGGGCACGACGGAGCCGAACGCUCCAUCACCUGACGAAAGGGUCUGCGCCCUGAUCCCCAAGUCCAUGCCCCAGCUGGUGCCCACCAUGCUGUCCCUGCUCAAAGCCAUCGAGCCAGAGGCGAUUUACUCUGGCUACGACAGCACCAUCCCCGACACCUCCACCCGCCUUAUGACCACCCUCAACAGGUUGGGUGGACAACAGGUCGUCUCAGCUGUCAAGUGGGCCAAGUCCCUACCAGGUGAGACAACCUGGUACACCUUCAUUUUAGCACUAAUUUGACUAGCCGCCAUUAUAGGCUUGGUCCAUUCCAUUUCAACUCGAGUUAAUUCAGGAAAUGAACUAGGCCUAAAUCAAGUCAAUCCAGUGACUUGCAAAUUAAUUAGAAUAUUUUCAAUUAAUCUCAUGAUUUUCCAUUUUAUCAAUCAUGGAAUGGGGUUGAGUUGACCCCCAGCCCCUAAUCAUGAGAAAGAAGGCACAUGGUUUGGUUAUCGCCCCAAUAUUUACUCUGUGCCUUGGUCUCACCCAGCAGCCAACUGGCAUGGAAGGGAAGGACUUGUGGAGAAAUCUUACAUAACUACUGAAUGGUUAAGCAAAUAUGAUCUGAAAAGAUUUCAACACUUCCACUUUUGAAGUCUCAACAAUGAGAGACGAUUGAACUGCAAUUAAAGGCCACUUUCAGGGCUACAGACUGCAACCAUUUAGUCACAUUUUGCGACCCUUUGACUUGGCUGUCCGAGUAAAAUGUUUACUUGGUCGCAUCAGUGUGAGCUGCACAUUCUACAUGGUCACUACAUAGCUGCAAUACAGUGUAUUAUAAUUACAAUGACCUAUCUUAGUCUUGUCUGUGUCUUAUUCUAUCAAUGUUAUCAUCAUUAUAUAUCACGCAAAAGACCAGCACUAACAACACUGCAAUCCUGAUCAAUGAUGUGUGUUGUCUGUUCGUGCAGGGUUCCUGAACCUUCACCUGGAUGACCAGAUGACCCUGCUGCAGUGCUCCUGGCUGUUCCUCAUGUCGUUCGGCCUUGGCUGGCGCUCCUACCAGCAGUGUAACGGGGGCAUGCUGUGCUUCGCCCCUGACCUGGUUAUUAAUGAGUAAGUCCAGAGAAUCAGAGAAGGAGAGGGGACAGGGACUCACCUGGGAGGGCUGUAGCUGGCUGGGGGCUCUGGAGAUGAGAAAGGUAGCCUGGAUGGUGGGUGGAUUUCUAUAGAUAGCUAGUUCAACCAGAGCCUCUCUGGAGGGAGGGAGGGAAAACUAUGUUGCUGGAAUUAAAAAUGUAUGCCUAUGGAAAGUCUACACCCCCUUGAACUUUUCACCUUUUGUUGUGUUACAAAGUGGGAUUGAAAUAUAAUUUUUUGUCAUUGAUCUACACAAUACUCCAUAAUGUCAAAGUGAAAAGAUACAUCUUUUUUAUAUAUAUAUAUAUAUAUUUUUUUUUUAAACAAAUGAAUACAAAUUCAAUAACUAAAAUAUAGUCGUUGCAUAAGUAUUCACCCCCUUUGUUUAGGCCAGCCUAAAUUAGUUAAGAAGUCACAUUUGGCUUAACAAAUCACAUAAGUUAUAUGGACACACUCUGUGUGACAUGAUUUUUGAAUGACUACCCCUUCCUCUGUCCCCCAUACAUAUAACAUCUGUAAGGUCCCUCAGUCAAGUAUUGAAUUUCAAGCACAGAUUCAACUACAAAGACCAGGGAGCUUUUCGAAAGCCUCAUAAAGAAGGGCAGUGAUUGGUAGAUAGAUGGGUAACAAUAUCAAAUCAGACAUUUGAUAUAUCUUUAGUCAUGGUUAAGUUAAUAAUUCUGCUGUGGAUGAUGUAUUAAACCAUCCAGACACAUCAAAGAUGCAGUCGUCUUUCUGAUCUGAGCUGCAGGACAGGAAGGAAACUGCUUAGGGAUGUCACCAUGAGGCCAUUGAAGUAAAUGACAGAGUGAAAAGAAUACAAAUAUUCCAAAACAACAAGGCACUACAGUAAUACUGCAAAAAAGAAACAUGUCAAAGGAAUACAAUUUUUGGCCUAAAUGCUAAGCCUUAUGUUUGGGGCAAACACAAUACAUAACUGAGUACCUGCCUCCUUAUUUUCAAGCAUGUUGGAGGCUGCAUCAUGGUAUGGGUAUGCUUGACAUCGGUAAAGACUGGGGAGUUUUUCAGGUUGAAAAGAAACUGGAUGGAGGUAAGCACAGGCAAAAUCCUAGAGGAACACCUGCUUCAGUCUGCUUUACACCAGACACUGGGAGAGGAAUUCACCUUUCAGCAGGACAAUAACCUAAAACACAAAAGCCAAAUCUACAGUGAAGUUGCAUACCAAGAAGACAGUGAAUGUUCCCGAGUGGCCAAGUUACAGUUUUGACUUAAAUCAGCUUGAAAAUCUAUGGUAAGAAUAGAAAAUUGCUGUCUAGCCAUGAACCCCAACAACUUGACAGAGCUUGAAGAAUUUUGAAAAGAAUAAUGGACAAGUAUUGCACAAUACAGUUGUGCAAAGCUCUUAUGAGAUUUACCCAAGAAGACUGCCAAAGGUGUUUCUAACAUGUAUUGAUUUAGGAGGUGAAUACUUAUCUAAUCAAGUUAUAUGACUCGGGGUGAAUACUUAUCUAAUCAAGUUGUAAUAGUGUUUUAUUCUUCAUUAAUCUUUUAAAAAUUAAAAAAUGUUCUUCCACUUUGACAUUUGAGUAUUUUGUGUAUAUCGUUGACAAAAAAGGACAAUUAAAUCCAUUUUAAUCCCACUUCGUAACAAUAAAAUGGGAAGAAAUCCAAGUGGGGUGUAGACUUUCUAUCUUGGCCAAGUGAGGUGGGAAAAUCCUGUCCAUCCUAUUAGGGCUGUUUUCACAGCCCAGAUUCACAAAGCUCGGUUUCUCCAGCAGGAUUAUAGGCGUAACUGUCACGGUCAUUAUACACUAUGUGGAUUGCGGAGAGGGAAACAGGGUGUUGGUCUGAUUAUAACUGUCUCUUUGUGUGUGUGUGUGUCUCAGUGAGAGGAUGAAGCUGCCCUACAUGACCGACCAGUGUGAGCAGAUGCUGAAAAUCUCUACUGAGUUUGUGAGGUUGCAGGUGUCCUACGACGAGUACCUGUGUAUGAAAGUCCUGCUGCUGCUCAGCACAGGUAUAACACAUUUACAUUCAAUCUUAAAUAACAUAAAUGAAUCCAUUGAUUAAAACAGUUAUUCAUUAUGGCAGUCCGAUGCAGUUUGCAGGGAACAGGCUGGGGAAAAACAGAACACAUGUUUUGACGUCUCAGUUCAAAAAUAAGUGGAGAAAAUGAAAAAAACAGGAGGGAAACCAGACAAACUGAAGCUUCAGCUUUUGAAUGAGCUUUGUACAAAUGAGGCCUCAGGAAAAAAACUCCCAGCGUGACAAGCCAUUACAAAACCAUAUUUAAGCAGAAGAUACUGUUUAUUGCAACGUUGUUGACUUGGAAUGACUGGGGAAAAAGUAAUUUGUGCCUUUCAACUUACACAAAAUGAGUGGUUUUGGAAAGUGCACACACUUGGUGUCUUUUGAUUGCUUCUUAAGGAAAUGAAAAUUACAUUUACAUGCAGAGCUGUGCUUUUUUUAAACCAGUGAGCAAUCUUCUUUGCUUUUUUUUCCAACCAGGACAAAAUGUACAUAUUUUCAAGUGUUUUAUUUUGAUUGGCUCAUCGAUAAUGUUAUCUACAUAAUUCAAACUAGAAAUGUAAAAGAAAUACACCAGGCGACCACUUUUGAUUGGGGUAGACCUAUUGCCUGCUAUUAUAGACCUACAGACUCUCUCCUGUUAGUAUUGUAAAUAGUAAUUUGUCAGUUAUUCUGCAUGUGAGAGGCAUAAAAUCCUUCUCUUGCAAGUUUGAAAAAGAACAUCACUAGCUACAUCCAAACCAGAAAAGUAUACAAGGGCAAGCCAGUUUGUAUCUCUCAUCUGAUAAGACAAUUGGAGAUUAUUUUACCUUUUACCUCCUAUGUUGUUUUGCAUAAUCUCUUGUCCAUUGAGUGCAGUUUUGCCUGGGCCCAAGUCCAAGAUCCCAGAACCCUUCAGUCCAGGGUAGAUCCUUCAUCUGGCUCUUAUCAGGGAACAAUGGGUUCGCAUAAAACCCAUUGAUGUUACCUGUGGUUUUGCAUAUUUUCCAUUGACCUAAGUGUGGUUGGGACGGGACGGAGGGUGGGUGGGUGUGUAUGAGACGGUAGUGGCGAGACGUUAGUGGCAGGAUAACGGGCAGUGUUCAGACUGGGAGACUCUGGGUCAAAACUAAGAGACUCCUUCCUGGCCUAACCUAACAAUGUCAGAUUGUCUAUUGUGUGAAUAUUGGUUGACUGAGUGAACUUUUUACGAUGCCUUUUUGUAAUGACAGAGACGUAAGGACUAUAUUGACGUACACUGCCUACUAAAACAAAUCAUGCAUGAUGAGUAAGAGGUUAUUUAUGUCUGCUUUAACCCCUCCCUUGCUUGUUCCCACAGUACCAAAGGAUGGAUUGAAGAGCCAGGCUGUGUUUGAUGAGAUCCGCAUGACCUACAUCAAGGAGCUGGGGAAGGCCAUCGUCAAGCGGGAAGAGAACUCCAGCCAGAACUGGCAGAGGUUCUAUCAACUCACUAAGCUACUGGACUCCAUGCAGGAAGUGAGUUUGAGCCCACCUGCACCCACAGCCACACAACAGCAUUCAGCAACACUCAGUAACACUUGCCGAUGUUUUCCAGGGAGUUAUGGAACCCAGGACUAUCCUGGCUUAAUAAACACAAAGAAAAUGAAAUGAAUGAGCGUACAUGCAUACUCAUCACCUCUUCUACUCGUCAGCAUACCAAUAAAUCAACCUGUUUCCUCUUGGUUGGAGUACCCUAUAUCAGGGAGUCUGGAAGAGUGUGACUUGAAUACCAGUUACAGAGAUCCAAUAUGUAUUAAGAGCAAGCAAGACUGUUGUUUUUUUGUGUAUUUGUGAACCUCUUGAGUUAGAGAUGAGCCCAUUUAGAAUGUAUUACAAGCUUAAUUUUCCAGCUAUGCUAUCAAUAUCAAAGUUGUUCACCAUGGCAUCAAUAAGUGGUUUGAAAUAGUGUGUACUGUACCAAACCGUAGCUAUGCACCCUGGCAUGUUGCUCUGUUGUUGCCAUUGUGCUCUUAGUGAAAGACCUAAAAAAGACCUGAUUGUUUCCACAGAUGGUGGGGGGCCUCCUGCAGAUCUGCUUCUACACUUUUGUGAAUAAAUCCCUGAGUGUGGAGUUCCCUGAGAUGCUGGCCGAGAUCAUCAGCAACCAGAUACCAAAAUUCAAAGACGGGAGUGUUAAGCCGCUUCUGUUUCAUCAUGCCUUAAACCAUGACACAAUGCCUUAA